ACGAAGUGUUUCUUCCCUCACACUGCCAGUGUCCUCAACAAAUCCAUCUUCUUCCACACUUGGGUUUGCUAUGUAUAUAUGCAGAUCUUCGUAUAACCUUUUUGUACAUAGACAUACAUUCUCAUUAAAAUUGGGGGAAAAAAAGAGAAGAAUUUUCAAUGCAUGCAAGUAGAGAGAAAAUCAUGAGCGAAAAGAGUCCGAAUUUUAGUAAAAUUUUAACAGAAUUAAAGGAAGAAGAAGUGGAGUUCGAGCAGCGAGAACAAAAAGAAGAAGGGGAAAUCACUGGUUCAGACGACGAAGAGUUUGACUACCCAUCGGUAUUUCGGUUUCGGCCGAACCGAAUCGUUUCCUCCCCUGCGGGAGAAGAAAGAGAAGAAGGAGAGAUUAUUUCCAGUUCAGAAGAUGAAGAUUAUGUCUAUCCAUCAGUAUUUCGGGUCGAGCCAAACCGAAUUGACUCUUCCAUUGCGGCAUUUCACUUGGAUUUCAGAAGCUCUAAAAGGACAAAAAAGAUGGAAAUGAUGGACAAUGUUGAUGGGAACUUCCAAGUUAACUAUUCUUCAGUAAUGAAGCGAUCAAAAGAGGUUCAAGCAAAUCUGGACCCCAAAUUCCCUAGCUUCUUCAAGUUAAUGCUGCGUUUUUCUCAAGAAUUUUGGCUUCGUAUUCCUUCACAUUUCUGCAAAAUGCACAUGCCAAAGCAUGACGAAACAAUUUGUUUGGAAGAUGAAACUGGAGAAACAUAUGAAACGAGCUACUUUGCAGUUACAAUGGAACUAAGUUCUGGUUGGAGAGGAUUUUGCAUUCGGCACAACUUGCUUAAAGGAGACGUUGUUGUUUUCCAUUUGGUGGCGUUUUGCAAAUUUAAGGUAUACAUUGUGAGGGCAAGCACUUAACACAAGGUUGAUGGAACUAUUGGCAAUUCAAAUCUAGAUGCUAAUACUAACGAAAGAGACCUUGAGAAUGAUCAAAUUAAAACUUUGACAAAAGUAGAGUUCGAAAGUGGUGAGGAACUCCCUUCCAGAAAUGCAGAUGCUGGGUUUUAAAGGUUGUUUAUUGAUUUUGAUGAGUUCAACGUUGCAGUUAAUGGCAUCAGUGUAGACUCUAUGCUUACCAAAGAUAUGCUUAAGAAGUAUUAUGAGCUUUGCUUCACUUGGGACUCUUACCUUCAUAAUCUUCUUCUUAAGAGCAUCAACUGUAUAUGAGCAACUGGAUCAAUUUUAGAGACAAUAAUAAUUGCUGAUUAAGAGGGUAUAAGCUUUCAACCUCCAGUGAUGAUUUUGCAAUGUGGGACAAUAUGCAUUCUCAGUUGAGCUAUCUUAUGAGUAUUGUUGUAGAGAGAAGAGAGACAUCUGAAUCAGAGGAGGUAUGCUGAAGCUAAAUUUGAGCUCGACUCUGUGGAGGAGGAGAUAUUCGUACUCUAAAACCAAAGCUAUGGGAGCUUAAACAAGCAAGAAGGAAGCUUGAUAUUUACAUGGAUGUUCUGAAGGCGGAAUCUCAUAGACGUGAGCAGAUGUUUGAAGAAGAAGCUAGUAGCCGAUGGUUGUGGAGCAAAAACCUUUUAGGAUGUUUGUUAGUACAAUAGUUAGGUGCUUUCGUGUAGUUCUACUGCAAUUUGAUAGAAAUGCAGCAAGAAAUAUAACAAUUUGUACCUUUUGGAAUCCUUUAAAAGAAUGGUUGUAUCGACUUCAUUAUUCUGUUAAAGAAAACUAGGCCAUUGGUCAUGUGCACUUUCACCACUGUUUCUCAACCUAAGAUCAUGUAGUAAUAUAAUCUGUAAUUUUUUUUCUUGACA